UGCGUUUGGCGUGGUUCGGGUGGGGAUCUGGAUUUAUAUUGCAGCGAUUGUUCGCAAUUUCUGAUCACAGUACGCGCGCCGUUGAGUCUCAAGGAUGAUUCUCUCAUACAUUUAUCUCCUUCUCUUCGCGACACUCGCCAAAUCCGCAUACGGAGGUGUUACAAAAGCAGGAACUGCGACCGAAGCAGAAAAUGGCGAUGGAAGGGGUGCAAUCGCUAGGCAAAAAUGUGCAGAGUACGCGCGAUCUGUUCACAGUUUGGUCACUUUACCGACAUUGACUUCCGAUCAAAAGUUAGCGAACGUCUCCCAUUGCGGUAUAACGUCCGAACCCUUGAUCGUAAGUUCUUCGGUAGCCAGGCGUCAUGAAUUUCCGCACAUGGCUGCGGUCGGUUUCGAUAAGGAAGGUGGUGGAAUCGACUGGUUGUGCGGCGGCACCCUCGUCUCAGAGAUUUGGGUCCUCACCGCCGCUCACUGUGUUCAUUCCCCGCAUGCCGGGUCCGCUUCAUGGGUGCGUGUCGGUGAUUUGAAUUUGGAAAGCACUUCCGACGACGCCUCGCCGGAGGACCGUCGAGUGAUUGAGAGGAUCAAGUAUCCGCGGUACAAACUACCGGUCAAAUAUCACGACAUCGCGCUCUUACGCCUCGAGUCUCGAGUUCCCUUCAACGCUGGGAUCAGACCGGCUUGCCUACCCAGCGGACCGAAUUCGGGCUCGGACAACGUAAAAGCCAUUGCGACGGGAUGGGGUACAAGAGAUUGGGGAGACACCGAACGUUCUUCCGAACUCAAGAAGAUCACGAUGCCCAUCGUGGAUUAUCAGAGUUGUAACGCGAGUUGGUCGACCGGUUCGACUAGCAGGGACUUACCUGAUGGAGUAGUCGACGAGUGGCAAAUUUGUGCGGGUGACUCUGUAGCGGAUACUUGCCAGGGCGACGGAGGCUCACCUUUGGUGGUCUACAGCAAAAAAGAACACUGCAUGUACGACGUGAUCGGUAUUGUGAGUUUGGGUAAGCUAUGUCACGGAGGAAUUCCAGGACUGCACACCCGUGUCUACUAUUACAUUCCCUGGAUAGAGUCAGUCGUCUGGCCGCAAGGAUCGUAAGCCUGGAGAAAUCAUUUGUUCGAUAAGAAUCUAAUGAAAUUCGACAAAAAUAAAUUAAAAAAAAAAUAAGACCAUAAAUUGAAGUAAUCCGUGUUCAACUGAAAUUGUAUUUUUUGAUAAUAAAUUCAGUUUGGCUCGAUA